AAAAAUUCUCUCAUUGUUUGUCUUUACUUGGUCUUAUAUUAUAUUGUUCAAGUCUGCUUCCCUGCCUUUACUUCUGUUAAAUAUCCACAUUAUAACCCUGUGUUGUGCCCAGUUCCUUCCUUUCUUGGUUGCUGCUCGCUUCCCUUCCUCCCUUGUUACUAUUACAGAGAUACGUAGUACAAACCUUUCUUUUUCUUUAUAUAUGUACUAACUAUACAUACAUUAGGUAGGAGACAAACAAAACCAGAGUAGGAAACAAAGAGAGAAGAGGGAACAAGAGAGAAAGAAAAGGCAGCAGGAAUUAGCUAGCUAGGUAGCAAUGGUGGUGGUGGCCUCUCCUACAAGAAUCGGUGGCGGCGGAGGCAUCGGAGUUGGAGGAGGAGCAGUACAUAUUCCGGUGGUGGAUCUUUCAAGGAAGAGAUCGCAAGUGAGGGAGCUUAUCGUCAAAGCCUGUGAAGAGUAUGGGUUCUUCGAGGUGGUGAACCAUGGUGUCUCAAAGGAUAUCAUUGGUAGAAUGGAGAAAGAAGGGUUCGACUUCUUUCAUAGACCUGCCCUGGAGAAACAAAAAGCUGGACCUGCUAAACCUUUUGGAUAUGGUAGCAAGAACAUCGGCUUCAAUGGAGACGUGGGUGAAGUUGAAUAUCUUCUCCUCCACACCAACCCUCUCUCCAUUUCUCAAGCUUCUAAAGCUAUUUCCUCUGACCCCUCCAAUUUCAGCUCUGUGGUGAAAGAUUACGUAGAAGCAGUUAGAGAUCUAGCUUGUGAGAUACUAGAUCUGAUGGCAGAAGAGUUGCGGGUCCCUGAUAAGUCAUUCUUCAGUAACCUCAUCAGAGACGUUGAUAGUGAUUCACUUAUCAGGCUCAAUCAUUACCCAUCAGGUAGGGACAUUAAGGAUCAUCGGGUCGGGUUCGGGGAACACACUGACCCACAGGUUCUCACCCUCUUGAGAUCUAAUGAAGUGGGUGGCCUUCAGAUCUUGUUGGAGGAUGGUGUUUGGGUUCCUGUCCCUCCUGACCCUACCUCUUUCUACAUCAAUGUGGGCGAUGUUUUACAGGUGUUGACGAAUGGGAGAUUUGUGAGCGUGAGGCAUAGAGCCAUGACGAACACCACAAAGAAAUCAAGGAUGUCAAUAGUAUACUUUGGGGCGCCACCCUUGCAUGCAUGGAUUUCUCCUCUUCCACAGACUGUCACAGCAGAGAAGCCCAGCCUUUACAGGCCCUUCACUUGGUCUGAGUUCAAGAAUGCUGUUUAUUCUCUACGCCUUGGAGACUCUCGUCUUGACUUCUUCAAGAACCUUCACCCUUAUCCCAAUUAUGACUUGUCUACGUCCUUGUCUUCUCCAACUGAAUCAUCUAUUCUCUGAUUUCCAUCUCUUUCUUUUUUAAUUUCUUGUUGUAAAUAAAAGUGGAAAGAAUAUGUUGGAACUUGGAAGCAAAGGGCCAUCUAAUGGGGAGAGUUUUGCCUUGGUUCCAUCCCCUCCCCAUUUUUUCUUUGAAGAAUUUGUAAUGGUUGUGUAACGAAGAUGGUGCAAGUUAAUGUAUUUGGGGGACUUAUAUAACAUAUUAAAAGAUGUUUUUAGCAA